AAAUUCCCUUCCCAUUUCAAACAGAAAAGUUUCUUCCAAUUUUCAACCAAAUUUCUCUCCAAAAGAUCAGAAGAGAGCGAGGGAUUUACUCUUCUUUGCUCAAAUCCGAGGGUUUGGAGCACAGCUGAGAUGUCGUCUCUCAGUAGAGAGCUGGUUUUCUUGAUUCUGCAGUUUCUCGAUGAGGAGAAGUUCAAGGAGACUGUUCACAAAUUGGAACAGGAAUCUGGUUUCUUUUUCAACAUGAAAUACUUCGAGGAGAAAGUUCACAGCGGGAACUGGGAUGAGGUAGAGAAAUACCUGUCCGGUUUCACGAAAGUCGAUGAUAACAGAUACUCCAUGAAAAUUUUCUUUGAGAUUCGGAAACAAAAGUACCUUGAGGCCUUGGACAAGCGUGAUCGUCCCAAGGCUGUUGAGAUACUUGUCAAGGAUUUGAAGGUGUUUGCUUCGUUUAAUGAGGAACUAUUUAAGGAAAUCACCCAACUAUUGACAUUGGAAAAUUUUAGGGAAAAUGAGCAACUCUCGAAGUAUGGGGACUCCAAAUCUGCAAGAGCUAUUAUGCUGGUCGAACUUAAGAAGCUAAUCGAAGCAAACCCUCUUUUCCGUGAGAAGCUGCAGUUCCCAACUCUUAAAAGUUCAAGGUUACGCACCCUUAUUAAUCAAAGCUUAAACUGGCAGCAUCAGCUUUGUAAGAACCCCAGGCCUAAUCCGGAUAUUAAAACCCUCUUUGUUGAUCAUUCCUGUGCUCAGCCAAAUGGUGCACAUGCCCAGUCAUCAGCAAACAGUCCACUGCUUGGAUCUUUACCCAAAGCUGGAGGUUUCCCUCCACUGGGUACGCAUGUGCCUUUUCAACCUGCACCAGCACCAGUCCCGGCACCGUUAGCUGGUUGGAUGUCUAAUCCGUCAACGGUUACUCAUCCAGCAGUUUCUGGUGGCGCCCUUGGACUUAGCGCUUCGACAAAUCCUGCUGCUCUUCUGAAGCAUCCAAGGACUCCACCAACUGCGAACCCUGUUAUAGAAUAUCCAUCAGUAGAUUCUGAUCAUAUAUCUAAGAGAACUAGGCCUAUUGGUAUUUCUGAUGAGGGUAAUCUAUCUGUAAAUAUAUUGCCAGUUUCCUAUCAGAGUCACAGUCAAGCUGCAUACACACCUGAUGAGUUGCCAAAAACUGUUGCACGGACACUCAACCAGGGCUCAACUCCCAUGAGCAUGGAUUUUCAUCCAACCUUGCAAACCUUGCUUCUGGUUGGUACAAAUAUGGGCGACAUUGGACUAUGGGAUGUUGGCACUAGGGAGCGACUAGUUCAUAGGAACUUCAAGGUUUGGGAGCUUGGAGCAUGUUCAAUGUCACUCCAGACUGCUCUUGUCAAAGAUCCUGGUGUCUCAGUUAACCGCAUAAUAUGGAGCCCAGAUGGCUCCUUGUUUGGUGUUGCUUAUUCAAGGCAUAUUGCGCAAAUAUACACUUACCACGGCAGUGAUGCUAUUAGACAGCACCUAGAGAUUGAUGCUCAUGCUGGUGGUGUUAAUGAUCUUGCAUUUGCUCAACCCAAUAAGCAACUAAGCAUAAUAACCUGCGGGGAUGACAAGACAAUUAAGGUCUGGGAUGCUGCUAGUGGAACAAAACAGUAUACUUUUGAAGGUCAUGAGGCGCCUGUUUACUCUGUUUGUCCACACCACAAGGAGAACAUUCAGUUCAUCUUUUCGACAGCGUUAGAUGGUAAGAUAAAGGCAUGGUUAUAUGAUAAUUUGGGGUCUAGAGUUGAUUAUGAUGCCCCAGGUCAUUGGUGUACUACUAUGGCUUAUAGUGCUGAUGGUUCCAGGCUCUUUUCCUGUGGAACUAGCAAAGAAGGGGAUUCAUAUCUCGUAGAAUGGAAUGAAAGUGAAGGAGCUGUGAAGAGAACAUACCUUGGAUUUCGUAAAAGGUCAUUGGGUGUGGUGCAAUUUGAUACCACUAAGAACCGCUUUUUAGCUGCUGGUGAUGAGUUUGUGAUCAAAUACUGGGAUAUGGAUAAUGUCAACCUCUUGACAACGGUUGAUGCUGAUGGUGGUCUACCUGCAAGUCCGCAUAUACGCUUCAACAAGGAGGGAACGCUGUUGGCCGUUUCUGCACAUGAAAACGGAAUUAAAAUUUUGGCAAAUGCUGAUGGAUUGCGUCUGUUGCGUACAUUUGAAAAUCGUCCUUUUGAUAAUUCUAGAACUGUUGCAGACAAUGCCACAAAGAAUGUAGUACCUCUUUCUGCUGGUGCUGCUGCAACGAGUUCUGGAUUAAUGGAUAGAGCUUCUCCAGCGGCAGCAAUGACUGGGAUGAAUGGAGAUGCUAGAAGCUUAAUGGAUGUAAAACCAAGAAUACCUGAUGACUUGACAGACAAAUCAAGGAUUUGGAAGCUUACUGAAAUUAAUGAACCCACACAAUGUCGAUCUUUAUGGCUUAUGGAUAACAUGAGAGCGAGCAAGAUAUCGAGGUUGAUUUAUACAAAUUCGGGUGUUUCAAUCCUAGCGUUAGCAUCCAAUGCUAUUCAUCUUCUUUGGAAGUGGCCUCGAAGUAACAAUGGGAAGGCAACUGCAAGCAUUGACCCACAAUUAUGGCAACCACCAAGUGGCAUAUUGAUGACCAAUGAUAGAGCCAACACCAAUCCUGAGGAAGCAGUUUCUUGCUUUGCUCUGUCAAAGAAUGAUUCUUAUGUCAUGUCAGCAUCAGGGGGCAAAAUUUCUCUAUUCAAUAUGAUGACCUUUAAGACAAUGACAACUUUCAUGGCUCCGCCACCUGCAGCGACAUUUCUUGCAUUCCAUCCUCAAGACAACAACAUUAUUGCUAUAGGGAUGGACGACUCUACAAUCCAAAUCUACAAUGUCCGAGUUGAUGAGGUCAAGAGCAAGCUUAGAGGCCAUUCAAAAAGAAUUACUGGUCUUGCCUUCUCAAAUUCUCUAAACGUUCUGGUCUCAUCUGGAGCUGAUUCUCAGCUUUUUGUUUGGGGAACUGAUGGAUGGGAGAAACAAAAGAACAAGUUCUUGCAAAUUCCAUCAGGUCAUAGUUCACCUACUGUUUCAGAUACCCGUGUUCAGUUCCAUCAGGAUCAGAUACACUUCCUAGCUGUACAUGAGACCCAAAUAGCUCUAUAUGAAACCAGUAACCUAGAGUGUGUUAAGCAGUGGGUUCCACGUGAAGGUUCUGCGCCAAUCUCCCACGCCACAUUCUCUUGUGACAGUCAGUUGAUAUAUGCAAGUUUCUUGGAUGCUAGCGUUUGCAUAUUUAAUGCUGCGAAUUUCAAGCUGAGAUGUCGAAUCAAUCCUGCCGCCUAUCUCCCUGCUAAUCUCAGCUCAAGCGUCUAUCCAACUGUAAUUGCUGCACAUCCAUCAGAACCCAACCAACUUGCCCUGGGACUUACAGAUGGCAAUGUUCAUGUAUUGGAACCGUUAGAAUCCGAAGGUAGAUGGGGAGCUGCUCCACCCGCUGAAAAUGGAUCUGCAAGCAGCAUGUCCCCAGUGCCUCCGGCUGGAUCAUCAAGUUCAGAUCAACCUCAGAGGUGAUAGAAAUUUCAAAGUUCCCCAACCAUAACAUAACUAAGCCUAGCUAUCCGAGGUAGCAGCAGUGGAUGAAUAUAUGCCAGCAAUAUGCGCAAAGGGUCAUUUGGUAGACUUCCUGUCAGCUUAAUAUCUACAUAUAUUUGCAAUGUGAGAACAUAAAUAUAUGGUUGUAGGCCUUAAUUAUCUGUUUAUUUGGGUUAGACUUUCCUUCUGUUAAUAUGGUAUCAAACUAAGUUAUAGAACCUAGCUUGUAAUUAUGCUCGUCUAGUUUCAAGUAACUGUAUGAAUAAAGAAACCUUUGAUGUGGGUAAUAUUAUGGAGCCGGCCGGUUCCCUGGUAUUUGAAUUUCAAUCUGAAAAUGUUCUCUGA